AUGGAUCAGAGGCCUCAUGAGGUGUUUGUGGAACUGAAUGAGCUCAUGCUGGACAAGGCCCAGGAGCCUCAAUGGCGUGAAACUGCUCAGUGGAUCAAGUUUGAGGAGGACGUGGAAGAGGAGACCAAGUGUUGGGGGAAGCCCCACGUGGCUUCCUUGUCUUUCUAUAGCCUUCUGGAGCUGAGGAAAACCAUUGCCCGAGGGGCCACCCUCCCGGACCUAGAGCAGACCACCUUGCCUGGCAUCGCACACCUUGUGGUGGAAACAAUGAUCAUGUCAGACCAAAUCCGUCCUGAGGACAGAGCAAGUGUACUGCGCACUCUGUUACUAAAACACAGCCACCCUAAUGAUGACAAAGAGGGAGGCUUUUUCCCCCGAAACCCCUCAAGCUCCAGUGUGAACUCCAUGCUGGGGAACCAUCACCCAACUCCAGGCCAUGUUUCUGACAAUGCUGUCCCCACUAUGGUGGAUGACCUUAGUGAAUCAGCUCCACUCUGGCCCCAUAAUCCUGACGGCAGAGAGAAGCCCCUGCACAUCCCUGGAGGAGAUGGCCACAGAGGGAAAAGCUUGAAGCUGCUGGAUAAGAUUCCUGAGAAUGCUGAAGCCACAGUUGUGCUUGUGGGCUCUGUCCCUUUUAUGGAACAGCCUGCUGCAGCUUUUGUCCAGAUGAAUGAGGCUGUGCUCCUGGAAUCUGUCCUUGAGAUUUCCGUGCCUGUCUGUUUCAUCUUUGUGACGCUGGGACCGAGAGAGGCUGGCAUUGACUACCACGAGUUGGGACGCUCCUUUGCUACUCUCAUGUCCGACAAGCUAUUCCAUGAGGCUGCAUACCAGGCGCAUGACUGGCAGGAUCUGCUGGGCGCCAUCAGUGAGUUCCUGGAUUGCAGUAUUGUGAUCCCACCAUCUGAGGUGGAAAGCCUAGAUCUGCUGCAGUCAGUGUCUGCCUUCCAGCGGGAGCUCCUCAGCAAGCGGAGGGAGCUGGAGAGCAAGACACUGGUAGUUCCCCGGGGAGUGUACUCUGCUCCAAAAAAAGAAAUGUCAAUGGAUUUAGGAGCCAGUGAUGGGGGCCCGGAUGAUGACCCCCUUAAACGGACGGGCUACCUGUUCCAUUCCAUUCCAAUGCAAUGGCUCAAAAUCCUCUGA